AGACAGAGGAGAGCUGCUGCUGCUGCUGCUGGAAGAACACCCCCCUCCUCCUCUUCUCCCCCCAGUGGCGCUAGCUCAACGGCUAACGGUCAGGAGAGCAGCCAUGAAAAGCCGCUGGAGCCAGUGAAAGUUCGGCGCCUCUUUAUUCGGGACUUUAUUGUACGUAGAAAAAUAUAAAACAAAAGAGGUUAUGUUAUCAUGCCGUAGCUCGAAGUGGGAAAUUCUUUUUUUUAUAUAUAUAUGUUUUUUUUAUUUUUUUCAGUAGAGAACAGGGCUAGCCCAGGUGCUACUACUAGCAAGCUAAGGACUCUUUCUAAUUGGCUUGUGGCUCCAAUGGCUCUGGCUUAUCUUCCUCUGUCAUAGCGGCGGCCUGUAGCGGAGGGAAAAGGCUCUGGACCUUCAUGACCGACCGCAGCCUGCUGCUCAAGCGCUACUUGGACACUCGGAGGGCGGAGGAGCAAAAAUGAAGAAGCAGUUCAAUCGGAUGAAGCAGCUCGCUAAUCAAACGGUUGGCAGAGCAGAGAAGACAGAAGUCCUCAGUGAUGACCUCCUACAGAUUGAGCGACGCAUGGAGUUGGUGCGAGUUGUCUCCCACAACACACACAAAAAGAUGGUGUCCUGUCUGCAGGGACACGUCGGUGCCGAGGCAGAGAAGAGACACUCUGUACCACGCCUCUAUACAGGAAACGGUCAGAAAAAGCUUCCUCUCACUGCACUGUCCCAGGCAAUGGUGGAAGGAGGAAACCAGUUGGGAGAAGACUCUUUGAUUGGGAAGAUGAUGGAGGUGUGUGGAGAAGUGGAGAACCGUCUGGCCACAGAGUUGAUGCAACAUGAGCUGCAGAUGGAGAAGGAAGUUCUCGACCCACUCAGCCAGCUCGCAGAGGUAGAAAUUCCCAACAUCCUGAAACAAAGGAAACAGCUGGCCAAGUUGGUACUGGACUACGACUCUGCUAGAGCGAGGUGGUUGCAGGCAACCAAGUCAAUAAUCUCAGGAACAAACACUCAAGCACUGACGGCCAAGGCUGACCUGCUCAAGGAGGAGGUGGAUGAGGCCAUGAACAAAGUAGAGCUUUGCAAGGAUCAGCUUGCUGCAGACAUGUACAGUUUUUUCUCUAAAGAAGGAGAUUAUGCCCACUACUUUGUAACGCUCUUAGAGGUUCAGGCUGACUACCACAGGAAGUCUCUCACUGUACUGGAGAGCGUCCUGCCCACCAUCCAGGCUCAGCAAGACUCUUGGAUGGAAAAACCCGCAUUUGGAACCGCAUUGGACGACCACCUGAAGAGGAGUGGCAGAGAGAUCGCUCUACCGAUAGAGGCCUGCGUCAUGAUGCUUCUGGAGACCGGCAUGAAGGAGGAGGGUCUAUUCAGGAUUGCAGCUGGGGCAUCAAAGCUAAAGAAGCUAAAGGCAGCGCUGGACUGUUCCACUUCACAGCUGGAGGAGUUCUACUCCGACCCCCAUGCCGUCGCUGGAGCUCUGAAGUCUUACCUGCGGGAACUCCCUGAACCCCUAAUGACCUACCAGCUUUACGAUGAAUGGAUCCAGGCCUCCAGUGUGUCAGACCCAGACAAACGGCUGCAGGCACUCUGGAUGGUCUGUGAUAACCUACCAAAGAACAACAAAAACAAUUUGAGGUAUUUGGUGAAGUUUUUGGCCAAACUAGCUCAGGAAAGCGAGGUGAACAAAAUGACACCAAGCAAUAUUUCCAUCGUCCUUGGACCCAAUCUGCUGUGGGCCAAGACUGAAGGGAGUCUGGCUGAGAUGGCUGCAGCUACUUCAGUGCAUGUGGUGGCCAUUAUCGAGCCCAUCAUCCAGCAUGCUGACUGGUUCUUCCCUGAGGAUAUAGAGUUUAAUGUUUCCGGUAUGUUUGUGAUGCCGACACCUGCAUCCAACCACAAUAAUCACCUGGAUUAUGACUGCAGCACCAUAGAGAGGAAGAGGCCUGGCAGUAUGGUGGGACCAGAGAACGACCCUGCUCGCAAAGACAAUGCCUCUAACAAGCACUCGGACCACACCCUUCGUAGAGGCAGUAACACCUUAGGUAGAAAACAGCACACUUCACCUGCCUUCCAGCCUCCUUUACCCCCUGUGGAGGCUCAGAUGCUGGGGCACGGGGCCGGCCAGGCCCCUCAGUCCUCGGCUGAAGCCCAGCCACAACCUACAACAGGGGGGUCAGGGCAGGACGCUGCUCAGCAUAGCUUGGUGCAGGGUCUGGCUGCUCUGGCAGCUGCUCAGCAGCUUCUAGCCCAGCACACAGAGGAACUCAGCAACCCAAAGCUGCGGGACUCGGCACCAGCGCCCACUUCUGUGCCUCAGAAGAACGGUUCUGGAGGAGGCGGGUCGUCUGGAACGUCUGGGACCGGAUCCAUGGGGCCCAGUCCACACAUGAUGCGUAGAGGAACCAAGAAGCAGGCGCCUGCACCCCCUAAACCACCCAACCCUCCACCCAGCCAGCCUCUGAACCCGGCCAACCAAACCUUAUCCUCUGGACCAUCCCAGUCCCUCAGCCCCACAUCCAGACCCCUCAGCAGCCACUCCCCCACUUCCCCCUCCUCUCCCACCCCACAGCCGUGCGCUACGCCCAGGCGCCACUCCAACAACCAGCCUCCCAUCCACGCACCCAACCAUCCCCCUCCUGAACCUCCGACCCACCCCAGCCCACCGGCGCAGCCCGCUUCCAUCACCCAAACCCCCAACUUCACGGAGCCUUCACCUCCAAACACGCCGACUCCUCCUGACACCCCUCCGCCUCCCACAGCAGCAAACACUGGCCAGGAAGCAGCUGCUCCUCCGUCCCCGUAUCCCUACCAGUCCGGUUCACUUCCUCGACCGCGUCCCAUCCCCAAACCUCGAAACAGGCCCAACAUGCCGCCGCCGCCGCAGCCUAGCACCCUGAGCAGCGACUCCAACGGGGUCUGCGCCGCCGCCUUCAAGACGAUGGACCCGGCGGUGUCUUUAAAGGGACUCGGUCGGGCUUUGAUCCCUGAGCUCGCUGUGGACCAGCAGCCAGUGAUGAUGGCCACCACCACCUCCUGCAACCUGGACACUGAGAGCACCGCUCUUUGAGGACGAGACGAUGACAUCACGGGUCCAGUCAUCCACCACGCUGACUCACCAGGCCCUUUUUCUCUACAGCUCAGAUCCUCAUCUAAAGCAUGAACGAGUUCUUUCUGGAUGGAGGAUAUGUGUAUAACACUGCCCCCUGCUGGCUGCUGUCAUGGAGGAACCCUUGAAGCCAAAGUUUCUGUUUCCACACACUGAUGUGAUGUCAGCAGGUUAAGAUGGUUGUUUCCACCCCUGCCCACACACAGAACGCCAUCUUUGUUUUCCAAGGGCAGAACCUUCUGAAUUAGCUUAAGACACUGCAACCAGCAUUAGAGCGUUUGGAUUGAGCUGACGAGACUUCCUGUUUGUCGUGUUUUUUUUUUAAAACCUGUUUUAUAUAAACAGUGGCCUUAGAACAAGAAGGUGAUGGUGUGGUUCUGCAGCACGGAGCAGGAAACGAGAUGACUGCUGGUUUUCAGUCAUCGCCUCUUUUCCCCCCUCCCUCCGUUUCCCUCAUGUUUGUAUUUAUUUCCCGGGUUCAGAACACACAUUCCUUCUUUUCUUGCCAUGAUGCAGUUCAGUGUAGCUCCUGCCUUAUUGGUUCCUGACAGAACCACAUUUGAUAAUUACUGUAGCGCUUAGGGAUUCUCACAGUCGGCCUUCAGGGACAUGAGGACAGUGGUUCGAUCCCCUCAGCAGAAGUCAAAAUAUUCUGGUUGUAUUUACGUGUUUUGGGUUUUCUGAGCGGAAAAAGUUGGGUUAACCCCCAGAUGUCAGUAUUGUCGCCCUCUGGUUCUGCUGGUCUGCGUCAGAGUGAAUGUAGAGAACAAGCCGGUUCUGACCAGCCCAGAAGCUGCUCCUGGAGAACCGGUGGUUCUUCUCCUGCCUUCCCCUCUGAGCUGAGAGGAGCAAUCUCAGUAAUGAUGCAGGGUUAGACUUCAUCAGAUCAGAACCUCUUUUUUAUUUUUUAUUUCUUUGCUGCAUUGAGUGUGUGUGAAUGCCUUGGUUAGUUUGGGCUCAGACAGAAUUCUGUUCUGAGAGAACUGACCCGUUAUGGUACAUGAAGAGAAGGCGUUGGACUCUGCAGCUGCUCUGCUUUCUCUCCUGUACCUCCAUGCCUUAUCCUUCUGCAUCCUGCAGGCUUAAUUAUUCUCUUUCAGGCAGACGCCGUUAAACUGUUGAUAAUAAAGCUAAAGUUUUGAGCUCAAAGGUUUUGGAUUGAUGCUGUCUGAGCUUAAAUAUGGAAGAAAUCCUGUAAUAUGAAAGCUUCCCAAAGAA